GAAUAAUCGAAUAGGUACUUACUUUGUUAGCUUUGUUAUUAUUGUCACUUUGUUAUUAGCCUACGGGUAUUGGGAAAUGAGACUUUAAAUAUUGUUCAAUAAGUAAAUCUUUUUAAGACUUCUAGCAAAGCGCUACUCCCAAUAAUGUUCAAUAUUCCGCUGAUAUGUAUAGUCACCCCGUGGAAACUUUCUGACUACGCCCCUGCCUAAACCCAGCUGUUGCAUACCUUUCGACACCACAACUGCGAACGUGUCAACGCUUUGCAUUUUCCUUUGGUUUUCCUUGAACCCGACAAAAAUCAGGACGAAAUGGUUGACGACAGCACCCGGAAGACACUCAGCAACAUUCCCCUCCUGCAAAUACGCGCAGGACCCCGCGAGAAGGAUGUUUGGGUGCAGCGACUGAAAGAGGAGUACCAGUCUCUCAUCAAGUAUGUCGAGAACAACAAACAGUCGGGCAGUGACUGGUUCCGGCUGGAGUCCAACAAGGAGGGCACAAAGUGGUUCGGCAAGUGCUGGUACAUGCACGAACUCCUCCGAUACGAAUUCGAUGUUGAGUUUGACAUUCCAGUGACGUAUCCGACCACGGCUCCGGAGAUCGCUCUGCCGGAGCUGGACGGGAAAACGGCGAAAAUGUACCGGGGAGGCAAGAUCUGCCUGACAGACCACUUCAAGCCGCUGUGGGCGAGAAACGUUCCCAAGUUCGGAAUCGCUCAUGCGAUGGCGCUAGGACUCGCCCCUUGGCUGGCCGUGGAGAUUCCGGACCUCAUCGAGAAGGGCAUCAUUACGUACAAGGAAAAGUAGAUGAUUUUAUAAAUGACUGGAAACAAAAAGCAUGAACAAAGAUCGAUAUAAAAGUCA